AUGGCUGCUCCCUCAGUAAACGUAAGUGUUGAAGCAGCUAUAGAACACCAAAUUCAAGAAGUUAGAUAUGAUGGGGAGGAGGUAUAUGUCACCCCCUUGUCUAUGUCUGAAAACUUGAGUAAACUAGCACACAAAAUAGAUUUCUACAAAGAUGAAAGUGAAGAGAAAGGAAAACCUACUUCUGAGGGUGAAAAAGAGACUGAUGAAGAAAAAGUUUUAGCUCCAUUUCAACCAUCGCUAUGGCCUUGGGACUCAGUGAGAAACAAGCUAAAGUCAGCGUACACAGAAAUCAGUGUGCUGUAUGAUAUCCUAAACAUAGUCAAAGAGAAACAUUACAUGGUAACAGAUCCAGUUUCACAAGAUUCUCCAGAACUUAAAGCACCUCUACAAAUGCUUGCUAAGAAAAAAAGUCUGAUGGCAGCUGCACAGAUUCUGGCCACUGGAGCCGAACGUCUAAAAAAAGUUCAGCUUGAUAUGGCCUCAAACACACAAGACAAUUUUUUAAUGGAGCUGCUCAAGCUAAGAAAAAACUGGAGGUUAAAAAAAGUACAUAAUACAAUACUUGGGGAACUGAGUUACAAAUCAGCUGGUUCAAGGUUCUGGCAAGGAGGUACUUUUGAAGUACUUAAAACAUCAGAUCUUUUAGCAGAAGGGGAGAUAAAUCCUAGAAAAAGCUCUCUAGAUGUCAUCAUACCAAGUGAAUUAGAAGGUGUAGCAUACAUACAGGUGGAGGUGAAGAGUGUGCCAGAUUUAAUGGAUUUGACAAGUGCUACGCUAAAAAUGCCAGCAGGCCUCGGGGCAGUUUCAGUGGAUGCCUAUUGGCAGCAAAAGCUUGAAGUGGCUCAGAAUGUCUUGUUUUGUAAAGAGUUAUUUGCACAGCUUGCUCGUGAAGCAGUGCAAGUAAAAGGAAAUACCCCACACAUGGUUGUUGGCAAUCAAAUUCUCACUAAUGUUUUUCCAGGUAUUCAGCUGUCCAUAGUACUUUGUCAUUACACAGGAAAAGAAAAGAAGGUAAACCUGUCACCACACAAGCUGGAACACAACCACGUCCUGGAGCACUCACUGCAUCAGUUGCUGCGGGAGGUCCAUGACAGAAACCUCAACUACAGCCCUCCCCACCCAGUCAAUGCAAUGCUUGGUAUGAGCAAGCGACGUCGACUGGCUGGACCAAAGGCAAUGUGCCGACUUGAGCUGAUGGAGAUGGUGGAAAAUGAAUCUCUCUUAGAACAGAUAUUGAAACAAACAAAACAUGCUGUACUGAGAAUCAGAUCCAUGCACGUCAUAGACCAACUUUCCAUCAAUAUCCAAGACCCACAGAUUUGUGCUCACUGGAGCUGUCUCAACAACAGUCUAGAAUCCAGUGUUAGAAUCAGCAUCACAUCCUACGGCUAUGAAACAAUCAGAACCCCACUUGUUCUUAUAAUUGGAAUAGACACAAUCCAGGUUGUGAUGAAAGAUGGCAGAGUCUGCACCUUGUCAUUUGAGGAUAGUGAGCUAAGAGAUCUGUUACAGUGGCAGAUCUGCCAACAUCAUGCCCAUUCCAUUCAGCAUCUUGCCAAACUACAGGGCUGGCAAGUGUUGUCAGGAAUUGUAAGCAGUGGCCAUGGUGAUAUGGAGACCUACGGCACAACCUCUAAUGUUAUGCUGGCCUCACCUAAAGGCAAUGUCGUGCUUGCUUUUCAUAGUAACCCAGUAAGUGGAAAUCGACUGUCUGUGAAAAAGAUGGAUCCAACCAUUGAAACUCACACCUCGCCAGCUGUCACUGCUACAAAAUGGGCCAGCUUAUGUGGGGAAUUUCAAGAAAUCAAUCUUCAGCUCUUGGAGGGUCGUAACUUGGCAGGGAAGAUAGACAUGCUUAUGGCCAGAUUGUCUUCUAGUUGAUAGGUCUAAACAUCAUCUGAUUAAUUAACUUGUUAGGUGGACAGCACUGCUGUUUAGUAUAUUGGUAUAUAAUGGCCCUGAUAACAAUGGUUUAGAUAACAAAUGAAAA